AUGCCCAAAUCGCCCUUCCGCCGCAAGCCCGCCGCCCACGGUCCCUCGUCCCUCCUGCGCUUCCUCUUCCCCCGGACUCGAGCACGCGCGCGCCUUCACCUCUCCAAGUUCCGCCACGACACGCUCCACUCGCUCAAGAACAGCGCCAAGGCCCGCAUCUACAAAUACAUCGUCUACCGCCAGGCUGCCAAGGCGCAGGGGAAGCAGGGUAUUGUUCAGCGCCUACGAGGCUACACGCGGAGGUUGAGCGGCCGCAGCUAUCUCGAAGAUGCUGCGAGGCUGCGACGACAGCAGAUAGCCACGCGUCCGGGAACUACACCUUCCGGCAACAAAGCAAUGACGUACCAAGAGAGCUACGAGGCGCGAGAGCCUGGCACGCGGAGACGGAAGCUGGCGGGCUAUCUCAAGGCCGCGAACGAACUCCGGCAGACGUACACGCAGCAAUAUGCCUCCAACUGGAGUAGCAAGGAGGCACAAUAUGACUACGAGGACGAUACACCAGGCGGAUUCCCAGAUGCCGCCGUCGUUAGGAGCGGGCGGGAGGAGAUGAUACUCUUUCCCAGCUAUGCCCGGCGACACAUAAAGCGGAAGCCAGAAGCACAACCAGGCACCAUCCAGGAAACGGAAGGCCAAGGGCGCGACGUUCGAGACUCGACCGGCGCCGGCGACGCCGAAUUCUGGAAGCAGCAGUGGAACAACUACGAGGAUGACAACGCGGUCGUUGACGUCGAUGUCCGCGGCUGGAUCUACUCGCCACACAGGGGGCAGAUGUCACGCAAGCAGAGGCUGUUUAUUGGCCUCGCGCGGCAGUUAGUCGGCGUACAGGCACCUGCUACACCCAACUCAUCUGCGGAGAGUAGUCGGGAUACGAGUCCGCAACGGCACGGCUUCCGCGAACGAGCCCACCUGCGCGACGCCCAGCAGGACGAAGCCAUGGCGGCCAGAGAGGCCGAGGAAAUUCUACGGAGGGGCGAGAGAGAGGCAAGAGCUGCAGCACGCGGUGCUUACAGCGAGCGGCCAGCUAAGGACAUGGACGACACUCAGCUCUACCGAACAGAGAGUGGGAACAGCACGCGGCCGAACAACGGCAGGACCCACCAGCUCGCUCACAGCACAUCCAAGGACUCCAUGAGAAGCGAAGCCAGUAUCCAGCCGUUGCAGAAGAGAGGGUCCUGGAACCAGCCGUCGGAGAUGACCCCAUCAGAACUCGCUGAAGCCAACGCUCGGUUGAUGGCUAGGCUGCGACACUUCCUAGCGAUACCCAUGGCCAAUACGCCCAUCAGUGUCUUCUUCUACAAUGAGAACAUAUCGAAACAGAGGACCGUAUACACCGACGCCGCAGGCCAUUUCAGUAUGAGCGCGGCUUUGGACUUCGUACCCACCCACGUUCGCAUCUUGGCAUCAGACAAGCUCUCGGCAACCGAGGAAGUAAUUGUCACUGCCUCGCAGGGUAUCAGCAUAAUCAGCGACAUUGACGACACAAUAAAGCACUCCGCUAUCGGCAGCGGCGCUCGCGAAAUCUUUCGCAACGUCUUCAUCCGCGACCUGGUCGACCUCACCAUCGAUGGUGUCAGAGAGUGGUACAAUAGAAUGGCGGAGCUAGGAGUCAAGUUCCACUAUGUCUCCAACUCGCCCUGGCAGCUAUAUCCUGUCAUCUCCAAAUACUUUGAGUUAGCUGGACUACCACCAGGCUCAUUCCACCUGAAGCAAUACAGCGGUAUGCUCCAAGGCAUAUUCGAGCCCGUGGCAGAGAGAAAGAAGGUCACUCUGGAUAAGAUCGCAAGAGACUUCCCAGAACGAAACUUCAUCCUAAUCGGAGAUAGUGGCGAGGCGGAUCUGGAGGUUUAUACCGAUUUCGUGCUUGAAAAUCCUGGGCGAGUUGUCGCCGUUUUCAUCCGCGACGUCACCACGACAGAUAGCCCGGGCUUCUUUGAUCCUUCCACCGGGUCCUCACCAGGCGACCACUCUUCAUCAACACCAUCGACACAACGUAACAGUGGUGGUAGCUCGGCAGCUUCGACUAAGGCUCGACCGCCAUCUGAAGAGCACGACCCUGAACUGAAAGCUGCCAUUGCAGCCUCAUUACGUGACAUGGAUGCGGAGAACAACAAGCGUCCAAGUUUGCCUAAUAGGAAGUCCUCUCCGCACACCACAUCACAACAAGCUUCCUCGAACAAUCUGAUAGACCUAUCCUCCGACGAUGAGGUAAAUGAUUCACCCGCGCUGAGGAAGUUCAAUAGUGAAACUCAAGCCGACAACGAAAGACAUCGCUCAUCAGUCGCCUCGAACGCGAGUAUGAAGUCUGCGCCGCCGCCUCCUAAGAAGCCAGUCGCUCUAAGGAGCCCGUCGACGGAAUCAUUCAAUGCGCAAUCCACUUCCAACCCGCGACCGCAACCACCUAAGCCCCGAAAAACCUCAGCGGCUGUCACUCAAUCCAGUCCGCUUGCACAGCAAGUCAGUGCUUCAAGAAGCGCAAACACAUCAGCACUCUCCAAGCCUCCAGUGGGACCUAAGCCAUCUAUGAGCUACCAGAGCCAGGCGUCAGAGGACCAGCAGUCAUACGCUGGUAUGGCUCGCGACAAGUUGUGGUCUGUCUACAGUAAUCUACCCGCACUGCGUUCCACAGAGGAGCCCGGUUCCAAUGCUUCCAGUCUAGAUGUAACUGGUGUUCGCAAAGGCCCACCUCCACCUCCGCCUCGACGCGGAAACCGCGAUACAGCUGCAAGCGCAGCGUCUUACGUGGGCUCCAAAGCAUCGUCAGCGUGGCAGAACGCACCCUCUAUACCCUACCAUAGUCGCCCUCAGGCCAUCUCUGCGCAAACAUCUCAGCCAUUCUCUACUGCAGCGCCGCGGCAGGGCAUUAACCGCACCAGCACAGGUAGUACCCUAGGUGGUGCUGCAGGCGAGCAGUACGGCACAAAGAAGGAGCAGUUGUGGCGGCAGAGAUGGGCACAUGCAGAGCAGGUUCUCUCUGAACAGGGCGUAAUACUGCGAGUAUGGAGGGUAGGCAGCGACAUCAUGGGCGAGGCAGAAAGAAUAGUCAAAGAGGCUGAUAAGAAGUUUAAGCGCGACGAGCAGCGAGGCGAGGCGGGGAACGCCCAUUUCUGGGUUGUCGAAAUCUCGCGCAGACGCUCACCCGCACACAUUCCACAAACGCAUCUCCCCCGUAUCAAGCGUCACGCCACACGAGAUUUAAACUUCCCCAAGUCCAUUUCCCUUGCCAAGCAAAUCGAUAGUGUGCAUAAUAUCGCCCCUGGAAACCGGAAGCGUCGAACCCUCGCGCCUGGAGCCACGACUAAAGAGGGGGUGUGGCCAUCUAGCAAAGGAAAGCCAACGGAUCCCAAGUUGAGGGAGAAGGUCAAGGAGGACGUGAAGAACGAGACCAACAAGGACGGUGGUGGCAAGGGACAAUGGAGUGCUUGGAAGGCUAGCAAGCUCUCGAAAGAGUACGAAAAGAAGGGCGGCGGCUACGAGAACGAGGCUGGCAGCAAGAACGAACCGAAGAAGGGAGCCCCACAACAAAAGUCCAAAGGCAAGAAGAAGGCCGAAGAGAAAGAAGAGAAGGAGGAAGAACCAGAGAAAGCGGAAGACGAAGAGCCUGCGGAAGAAGACGACAAGGAGAACGAGAAGAAGCAGGAUACCGAAGAAGAGAAGGAAAACAACGAGGCUGAGGAAGAGGAUAAAGAAGAGGAGGCCCCUCCAAGCGCACAGAAGCCCAAGGCCAACACUGGUGCGAAGAAGACUGGCGCCAAAGCUGGUGCUAAGGGUGCGGCAAAGUCUGCUGAGCCAAAGAAGGCAGCCGCUCCUAAGGCGAAAGCCAAGGAGAGGACAGAGGGAACCAGGAAGUCAUCGAGGGUUGCCGGCGCUGGCAAGCGGAAGACGUAUGACGAGGAUGAGAAUGACGGUGAGGAGGAAGAGAAGCCAACCAAGGGUAAGGCGAAGAAGAGCAAGUCCUGA